AUGAGUGCCCAAGAGCUUUCUGGUGCGGAGCUUGCACUGACCAAGCCAAUGGUGGUGAAGGGGGUGACAGUAUACAAGGUGUUGGCAGGUGAUACGACCCUGGCUUCGUACAAUGAAGGGAGUCCUCCAAGUGCUCACGACGACCUUGAUGGUGAUGGCUCACAGCAGCUCAAAGACUGGAGAGGUUUGUACACUCAGUUUCAGAGAGAUCACGUGCUGGGCACAGUGCCCUAUCGAUGGGAGAAGGGUCACUCUGAGGCUAGACUUGUCUCUGUCACAUUUGAGGAGCUUGAGAUUGUGGUGUUUCAGGAUGACCGAUUACAUGACGCAGGUAUGAGUGGUGAACAAAAGGCAACCAUGGUCAAGCAAAAGCUCGGAAUACUUGAAGAAGAGCCACUUUUGGUAGCAUUGGGAAAGCGCAGACAAGUGGCGCUGGUGCGUGAAACUGAAUCGGAAUGGGAACUCAUCGUUCCGCACGAUCUGUUACCUACUUUACCAUUCCAAGAGCGCGGCAUUGCUCGCUUCCGACGCCAUCCAGAAAGACCCGUGAUUUCGCACUGGAGCCAUGAGAUGUCCGACAUGUCCGGCGACAUGCUGGAAUCACUGGCUGAGAAGCCACCCACGAGUGGUGGAAAGGUGCUGGAAGAUGAUGGCUGCAUAGGCAGCAUAGAUGAGGAAUUGCCAGCGCAGCAGGGCUUGUCGCUACCACCGAGACUUCAGCUCCUAAAGCGGAUCAUUCAGGCCUUAGUGUCAGAGGGCAGGUUUGAAGUGUGCAAUCACAGCUUCGCAGACCUCUUGCGAAGGCUUUGUGAGCAUGCAGUUCAGCAAGGUCAGCGCGAAGCAGCACGCAGCAAAGUGUCCUUCACAAUGAAGCCACAGGUGCCGAAGGCGGUUGGCAAACGCCAAUCUCGCUUUCUCGCUACGGUCGCUGCUGUGGCGAAAGAAACUGCCGGGAAAGUGUUGCUCGUGGAUGACGAGGAGGAGAAGGUCCCCCCACAUGUCAUCAAGGAGGUGUCAAGCACUUUGUUGAGGGAUGAAUACUUCAAGCCCGGCGCGGCAGUGGCCUUGCUGCGACAGUACUUCAAAAAGGCACAUUGGGUGGGUGCACUCAAUGGAUCACUGAUCUUCGAGAAACACAAGGUGGUGUAUCCUUUGGACACGGUGACUCCGGUGAAGGAGAGUCCUUCCUCCGACAAGCUCCUGAGCUUGGGAUCCCUUUUUGCUGUUGCUGCCUUGCAGGAGCAAUAUGAAGGUUUUGCCACAGCUUCGCUUUUGGAGAGCCUGAUGGCGAAAAAGCUGGACACGGAGCACCUCUCGGAGCUCAUGGAAUACCUGUUGGGCAGGAGCACGAACUGCUCGCUCUUGCUGAGCUCGAAGAAGGCCAAGCAGGUGCCUGUUCCAAGGCCAUCCGCGCUGAAGGCGGACACUCUGAGUGGCAGCUUCUCUGCGAACCAGAAAAGCAACAACGGAGCAGAGAGGUCCGUCGAAGCCGCAGACGCAGAAGUUCGGAGUCAGGGAGACAACUCGGCAUCAGGGAGCGAUGAGACCGUGGUUGUGGAGAAAAAGAAGAGAAAGAAGAGAAGAAAAAGAAAGAAGAGCACACAAAACGAGCCGCUAGCUGACCCACCAGAGAUGGCCCAGCCAACACGGCUGGCACAUCCUGAGAAGUCAGCAGAGCUAACGAGCCUGGCUCCGGAGAAUGGCCAGGAAGAGCCCAGACGGGCUCCUGGCAAGAAGAGACUAAUCGAAUUGAAGGAAAAGUUUGCAUCUGACCAGUCCCAGCUCGAGGUUGCCUCAACGUGGGAAGCGAUCUGUUCUCAACAGUCCCGUGUGAUGAGGUUGGAAGCCGAGCGCUCCACCACCAACAUGGAAAGAGACAGCAAAGAGGCACUGCUCCGUGAGAAUGCUGAAGAGCUCCGGAAGAUGAAGUUGAACGAAGUUCGCUUGCUUCAGGAAUGCCAGGAGUUCCUCAGCGAUCAUUUAGGUGGCGAGGAAUUGCUCCAGCGGCUUUGGAGGAGGUUGAAUCCUUUCCUGCCGCAGUGGGAGCCGAAGAGGGAGGAGAAGAAACCCAGUGGCGCAGAGUCACCAGAGGCCUCGCCUGCAGCCUGA